AUGUCGGCGAGUUUGUUAGUUUCGGCGUCAAAAGGUGUUAAAAUAUGGGAUUUAAAGUCGAUAACUGGUGAUAAGAAUUCCAAUGAAAUUGAGACAUCAAAGGCAAUUAUUCCAGAACAAUUGCUUGGUGUUGAAGUUUCUUCGUUUGCUCCUGACGAUGCUUCAACUGGAGUCAGUGUAGUUCGUUGGAGUCAUGACAAUCAGCUAUUGGCUGUAGUGGGAAAUGAAGGAACUCUUACAAUACAUGAUUCGCAAGGAAAAUUUAUAGAAACAAUACCGUCGAAUAAUUAUGUAUCAGACGAUUACACAAAAAUUAAUUCUCUUCGCUUUUCAGAUAAAUCACAAUAUGUUUUGUUUGGAGGUUCUGAUAAGAUUGUUAAUAUCUGGGAUCGUAAAGGAUCAACUUUUAUUGAGCCUUUGGAGGGACAUAGUAGUGCUAUAACGUGUAUUGAUUUGAAUUUGGAUGAAUCCAUUGUGGCUAGUUCUGCAUUAAACGGAAACAUCAUUAUUCAUAAUCGACAAAAAUCCAAUUCACGGAAUAAUUUGGCCGUAUCUACAAAACAACCAAUAAACGUUUUGCAAUAUUCAUAUGUAAAACGAGGUCUGUUAGCGGCUGGUGGUGAAGAUGGAUCAUUACGAUUAUGGGAUACCAGUGGAUCUACGACAGCAAUACAGACAUAUGAAAAAGCUCAUCAUUCAGAGAUUAAAGGAAUAGCCUUUUCGCCUUCCAAUUCACAUUUGUUGUUAAGUGCAGGAAUGGAUAGGCGUAUUGUUAUGUAUGAUGUUGGCAAAAAAGAGGCGGACUGUGUUACUAUAGCAGUGGGUACGCUUCAAGGCAAGAUUUUGAUAUAUGACUUGCGUUCGCUUAACAAAGUCAUGUGUACAUUAAAUGGAUAUGAAUCUCGUCCUAUUCAAUGUUUACAUUUUCAGGAAAAAAGUCGUACUUCCAUGCGUCGCGCUACCUUGAGUAAGAAUAAAAAUAGUCAUAUUAGAACAUCCUCGAGGGGGACGGCGACACUUCCCAUUUCUUCUUCUAACAAAUCGGCAAAGGGUGUGGCAGCAAAAUCAUCAUCUCCGGUCCUUAGCGAAUCAAAGGGGAAAAAUUAUAUGGACAUGUUUUCGCCAGUUAAGAAGGUGGUUAAGGAUGAUAUUACUAUUGAUGACACCGUUGCUAGCAAUACAGAAAAUAACAUUGAUAACAAUAAGAACCAUAAUGGAGCUGCUGACGAAAACGUUAAUACUCGAAACAUUAUUGAUAAAAACAGGAUACACGUGAACCAUAGUGUAGCUGCUAACGAAAACGUUCAUAUUAAAACCAUCAUUGAUGAUAAGAUCCACGUGAACCAUAGUAGAGCCGCUGACGAAAAUGUUAUUACUAAAAACAUCAUCGAUGAUAAGAUCCAUAGUAGAACUACAGAGGAAAACGUUAUUACUAAAAACAUCGAUGAUAAGAUCCAUGCUAAACAUGGUGGAGCUGCUGAAGAAAACAUUAAUACUAAAAAUAUGAUAAAUGAUAAGGACCACAUGAACCAUAAUAGAGUCGCUGACGAAAACGUUACUAUUAAAAACAACAUUGAUGAUAACCAUAGUAGAGCUGUUGAAGAAAACGUUAACACAAUAAGCACAGCAACAAAUUUUCAGCUUCAAGUUAUUGGAAGCGUUGUUGAUGAAUGCUUGCAAGACUUCCGGAUAUCAUUACGAAAUGAUAUACAAAAUAUGCAUUUGGAAUUGUUACGACAGUUUCAUAUUCAAAAGGUUUCUGGGUUUAUGGAUAAUUAUAUAAUUGAAUAUAUUAAUAGAUUAAAUACUAAUUCUUAUUCCCAAUUUAUAGAUGGAAAUUGA